UUGGGUUUGAGGACUUAGCAAAAGAAGCCAAAGAAGCCAAAAAUGUUAGGUUUGAGGACUUAGCAAAAGAAGCCAAAGAAGCCAAAAAUGUUAGGUUUGAGGACUUAGCAAAAGAAGCCAAAGAAGCCAAAAAUGUUAGGUUUGAGGACUUAGCAAAAGAAGCCAAAGAAGCCAAAAAUGUUAGGUUUGAGGACUUAGCAAAAGAAGCCAAAGAAGCCAAAAAUGUUAGGUUUGAGGACUUAGCAAAAGAAGCCAAAGAAGCCAAAAAUGUUAGGUUUGAGGACUUAGCAAAAGAAGCCAAAGAAGCCAAAAAUGUUAGGUUUGAGGACUUAGCAAAAGAAGCCAAAGAAGCCAAAAAUGUUAGGUUUGAGGACUUAGCAAAAGAAGCCAAAGAAGCCAAAAAUGUUAGGUUUGAGGACUUAGCAAAAGAAGCCAAAGAAGCCAAAAAUGUUAGGUUUGAGGACUUAGCAAAAGAAGCCAAAGAAGCCAAAAAUGUUAGGUUUGAGGACUUAGCAAAAGAAGCCAAAGAAGCCAAAAAUGUUAGGUUUGAGGACUUAGCAAAAGAAGCCAAAGAAGCCAAAAAUGUUAGGUUUGAGGACUUAGCAAAAGAAGCCAAAGAAGCCAAAAAUGUUAGGUUUGAGGACUUAGCAAAAGAAGCCAAAGAAGCCAAAAAUGUUAGGUUUGAGGACUUAGCAAAAGAAGCCAAAGAAGCCAAAAAUGUUAGGUUUGAGGACUUAGCAAAAGAAGCCAAAGAAGCCAAAAAUGUUAGGUUUGAGGACUUAGCAAAAGAAGCCAAAGAAGCCAAAAAUGUUAGGUUUGAGGACUUAGCAAAAGAAGCCAAAGAAGCCAAAAAUGUUAGGUUUGAGGACUUAGCAAAAGAAGCCAAAGAAGCCAAAAAUGUUAGGUUUGAGGACUUAGCAAAAGAAGCAAAAAAUGUUUUUUAA